AUGGCACAAUUCCAUAGACGUCGGCCAUUUUUCAUUUUCUGUCAAGAUGAGAGACGGAGAGGCGACGGUGACAAGCUAUCUGAUGUGACACGAAUCGUAUUCGGAGUGACAUGCAGCUCUUCAUCCGCGAAGAAUACUCGUCUAUGUUAUCAUCCUCUCUCGGCUUCUGAACAGAUACCGCGCAAACGAUGCUUGAAAAUUCAUUACGAUGCGGAGGAGGAGGAGGCACGUGGUUCUUAUCCAUCCGAAAAUAGGAGGAAGACAAGGUGCAAAGACAGGAUGACAGAAGACAUGAAUACGCUGGGGAACAAGAUUCCAAGCGAAGUUCUCCGUAAGCUUCUCUUUCUCGCAAAGCCGGCCGUUCUUCUUGGAUUGCCUCCGAAAAACCAGAAAUUUAAAAAUAUAAGAACACGACGUGUUUGGUCUUCGUCUAUGCAUGCGACGAUUUGUCAAAUGCCUCCAACAAGUUCAUCCUCACUAAACUCAGCUGCCGCUGUUGUUCUUCUUCCUGCUAUCACCGCCUCCUCGUUUUCGGCCGCUCACCGAUGCCUGCGGCUGGAUCCAAAACUAUCGCCGUAUUCUCGAGAACCACUGGGAUGUGAGGAUGAGGCGAGCCGAGCUGAGCUGUCCUUUCUCGACGACGCAAAGCUCUCGCCGAAGGUAACCCAAUUUGUGCACCAUCACGCGUCCUCUUCUCUGUGA